GGCUGGCCACCUCCCUGUUAACACCAGCUCCCUCUGCUUGGAUACAUCCCAGCUCCCCUCCUAGAGCAAGCAGGGAGGCUGUCAGUCACCUGUAAGCAUUCCCAUGCGAGCCCUUUGUGUAGGAGAGCACACCCGACGGCAAGGGAGCAGAGGUAACAGACAGGUAGGGAUCCUGCUGCGAUGGCAUUUAUGAUAGGGAUAGACCUUGGACUGCUCUCCCGGUAGUCAGGGGAACGGCGUGGGUUGCCAGCCGGCGAAAACAUAAAAGAGCAGCAGCGAGUGGGAGAAACGGCACUGCCGCCUGCCCCGCAGGCUGACCCUGCUCCCAGCCACAGCCGAGCAUCCCUGCCUCCGCAAGCUCGGCCAAGCGGGAAGCCGGGCGGUGACAAACCCAUCCACCGGCAGCCGGAGAAAGAGAAAAGUGCAGACUGCACAUGUGAAGCAGGGCAUGAAAAUGAAGACGUUACGCAUGCAUUCUUUCUCCUCUUUCAAGAUUUGGAGUAAUCAGGCUGUGACCUGCCAAGGGUGAGCUUCAUCCAGCAUUAAAAGGGAGUAGGUAAAGCCAAGUGAUAUAAUUCACUGAGUAAAAGGAGAUACUUGGCAGCUUGGCACCAGUACUAAUGAAGCCAAUAGCCUUCUCUGCUCUCUCCUUUUGGCUGGCUCUCAUUUUGGCUGGCUUCCUUGGCAUGCACAUCACUGGCAGUUUUGUGAGAAGUCAGAAGAACCAUACGCUAAUUUUCACCAAGGAAAACACAAUUCGCAACUGCAGCUGCUCGGUGGAUAUCCGUGACUGCGACUACUGCCUGGCAAACUUGAUGUGCAAUUGCAAAACAGUGCUGCCUUCUACCAUGGAAAAAACUACCUACAAAAGCCACCUGACCAUUUGGUUCACAGACACCUUUGUGCUGGAGAUGCUCCUCAACUUCACAAGAGUGUGGGAUUUGAAGCUGUCCUUCUGUGGCACCACUCCUCUCCCAACAGAAUACUUGGCUAUUUGGGGACUUCAAAAGCUGCGGGUAAAAAAGGUCAAGGGACUGUUUCCAGAGCAGAGUGUAACCAUCUACAGCAGCAGCAACAAUGAAAAAGAAAACUCACUUGCAAAGCACAACAAAGACAGGCAAAUGCUUGUACAUAUUUCUUUUCUGGAUACCUCUCUUUUCAAUGGAUACUCUUUGCUGAAGUCAUACAGUGUGGAAAAUGUCUCUAGUAUCAUGGAGCACUUUCCCAGCCUGCUGUACUCUGAUGUUUCCUCAACCUCAGAUAACAAGAGCUAUGUUGUAACAUUCAUUUACUGAGUUAUUUAACAUAUUUAGGAGUCAGAGGCACAUUAGGCUGCUAAGAGACUGAUGUGCCUUCUUUAAGUCUGUCUGAUUUGGCUAGGAGAAGCUGUUAGGGGAUGGACAGUUCUGACUAUGAUAGCACUCUACAAGGAGGUGUUUAAAGUAAGACAGACUCAUCAGUCGGAUUCAGUAAAUGCUUUCUUAAAGAACAAAGAAAAUGUGAAAUAACUGUUUUAGAAGGCACCGGUACAAAUUCUUUUUAUAUAUUGUAAGCUAAGAAUUCAUACCUACAAGGCAUGUUUUGUUCUAAGGUUGUGCCUCAGACAGAAAAAGACAUAACCAUGUACCUCCACUUGUAAAAGAACCUGAGCCUCCCAGAGAGUCACUGGGGUUAGCUGGCAGCUCAGGAGGUCUCCAGUCCAAUCCCGUGCCACAAGCAGGGCCACCUCUGGGAUUAGGUAGCUCAGGGGUUUCUGCAGUCAUGUCCCAAAAAUCCCCAAGGAUGGAGCCUGCACAAUCUCAUUGGGUAACCUGCCUGCCUAUCCUCACGGGGAAACUUUUUUCCGUGUAUUAACCCCAGCCUCCUCUUCUUCAGGCUGAGCAAGCCCAGAUCCCUUACGCUAUGCUCACUGUCACAUGCACCAACGCCUGACCAUCUUGGUGUCUCUCCACUGGGCUGUUUCGGUUGAUCCAUAUCCUUCUUGCACUCAGAGGGGCAAAACUGCCUGCAGUGCUCUGUAUGUUGUCUAGUAAGUGCCAGUACAAGAGGAAUAAUCCCUUCCUUCCACCUACUGGCUGUGCCCCUGUCGAUACAUUCCACUGCUGGCAGGUUCAAGGGGUGCAAGGUGGUUACAGGUUACUCAAACUGGGAGUGCAGAGUUGUCCUUGCCCUCUGGUACUUGGUCAGAGCUGGGAAGCCUCUGGUGUGGCUGGGUGAUACAGCCUCUUAUGAAAGCAGGGACGGGCUAUGCAGGCAGCCUCCAACCUCAGCACCCAGCAAAGGCGUGUUUGGGGAAUGACCAGGAAGCUGUGUUCAUUGCCAAGCCAUGACACACAUCAUGGGAAAGCACUGGGCAGAAGGCCACCCAACAAGUGAGACGCCAUGCUCACAAAGGUGUUUUUCCCAGGGAAAUACCUGUCCCUUGCACAUGGGGUGUGCCGGCACCUGCAAUUUCCCCAAAUGCCAGGAACUUGACUUCAUCUGCUGUGAUAAUGGCAGGCUCUGCCAAUGUCCCCCCCUACAAGAAAGGAGAAAGAUCCCAUGCAAUGACUCUUGCCUGACAAGGGAAGUGAGGCUUCUGGCAGACAUGGAGCAAGCAAUUUUCAGAUGCAUUGUGGGAGAAAGUUUGCGAUCUCCUGAAAACAUACAUUGGGACUAUUUAUAUAGCCCACAGUCUGCUCCUUGCCCAUGUCCACAGCAUUUGCAUUCUGUGAGAUACAACUAAGACCAGGAUCCAUCCAUAUAGUACAAUAAAGGCUUUGGAAUAGCAAGUCCUAACAGUCUUGCAUUGCCAUGAAAUUGGGAUGAAAUAUGUGUACUGAGGGGAGUGCCUAUCAAGAUUCUGAGGAACCAAUGUGUUUGCUUCAACAACUUUAAAGAAAGACUUUUUCUGUGACUGUAAACAAUGUCAAAGCACUUUUGCCGGGAAGCAAAACUUCAUCUUCCAGAAUACUUAAAUACACACACACCUUCCAUUACCGUGAGCUCUCCCACUCAACUCAACCAUGUGGUUACUACGGAAUUAACGGGGUCUAUUUGCAAUUGCAAAUUAACAGAUUUAAGCACUUGAGUGUUUGAAGGCUGGGAUUGAACUCAGUUUAACCCAACCAGAGACCUAUUAUAUCAGCUGUUGCAAAGGCCUUGUUUCCUUUGUCAGCACCUGGGCAACAAACCAUAAGCCUUCUCCCCAGAUCACAAAUAUUUCUAGUGAUACCUCUCACAACUCUGCCACGGGUCACAGAACAGCCAGGAGCUGGAGCUGGGCUGACAGAGACUGGCGACAGGGGGCUGGUGGUGUUCUGAGGCGUUACAUGCCUGGAAUGUAUUACAGACACAGGCAAAUAAUUCAUAUUGCCUCCCCAGGAAUCCAACUGUCUGCAAGAACAGUAACCCUGCCUUCACAAACUGGCUAGUCACUAAUCCUGCACAGAAUGGUGUUGUAAAUAAAAAACAGAGCUGGCACACA